AAAACCUAAGGAAAACAAAAGCUUAAGAGAAACACAUGGAGGAAAAGGGCACCCAAGAUGGACCAAAACCGUCACAGGAUUCUGGCUUGCACAGGCUUUACUUCAAGGGUUUGACAAGGGAGGAAACAAGAGGGCUGGUGGCAGGAUUUGGGGUUGCAAUUUGCGGCCAAGAGGAUAAUAUCUUGUUUCAGAUGAAAGGAUCAAUUCAUGACUCCGAGAUUACGGCUUUGGAGGCUGAGCUUAUGGCAUUGAAACGAGGACUAACCGAAGCCGUGAGUUUGGGGAUCACUCAUAUCUCAAUCUACUGCGAUCAUUAUCACAUUUUUGAACUUGUCACGGGGAGUUCCGGGCCUGAGAAAGAUAGCAUUGCCUUGCUAAUGAAUGAUGUGCAACGCACCAGACAACAACUGACAUCUAGCACCCCUCUUCUGGUGACUGGAGAUCAAACUAAUAAGGUUGCUUAUAAACUUGCAUCGGAAACACUCGUUUCUGAAAUCAGCAUAAGUAUGCCUCCUUGUCAUAAGAAGAACGCUUUUUGCGGUAUCUGUUUCGAUGAUGAUCUCGAAGCUGAACAGAUGUUUUCUGUUGCUUUAUGCGGUCAUAAAUUCUGCUUGGAGUGCCUCAAACUACAUAUACAAGUUGAACUAAUGGAGAGGGUACCGAGAUGUCCUCGUUACGGCUGCAAAUCGAAACUGACUAUUGAAAGCUGUGCCCAUCUUUUGACACCUAAACUAAGAGCCAUGUGGGAACAAAGGAUCGAAGAGACAACUAUAACAGAUUGGGCAAUGUGUGCAAAGUGCCAACAAAUGGCUGGAGUAGCUCAUGGGUUUUGCCAAAUAAGUUGCAGAUGUGGGUACUCCUUUUGCUACAUAUGUGGAGCCGAAUGGAAGCUGCUAGGAGCCGGUUGCAUUCAUCGCAACAAAGAGAGAGUUAAACUCUCCGUGGGUGCCUUUUUCACGAGAAUAUCUCAAGGUUUAGUGCGUAAGGACGAGGACUUAGCGAUAGUUGCUAGUUCGAUCAAUGGUUGCCUCACGACUUUGAUGGGACUCGUGUCCGCCAUCCACAAGAAAUCAACUCAUGUUGAUAAGGAAGUGAUAAUAGAACUUUGGUCAAUGAAACAUGUCGAAACGAGUCUAUUGUUCCUAUUCGCAGCAUGUGUAGCAACUGCUAUACUAGCCAACUUUUCUAGAAAAAGCAACUUCCGAUUCUAUCAGUGGAGAUCUAUCGUGAUUGGUGUGAUCACUCUCUUGACUAUGGCAGGGAAUCGUAUGAAUGGUAUGAUGAUUUGUACAACAUUGGUGGUUCCCUUAUUCACCGUCGGCUGGAGUAUAUUCAGGAUCGUAGAAGCAAACGAUAAACCAGCUGCUGCUAGGUCGGAUUCAACUGAUGCCCCCUAGGGCACGAGAAAAGUUGAAAG